AUGGCGCCCAUUCCCAUCACAAUCAUCACCGGUUUCCUCGGCUCUGGCAAGACGACGCUGAUCCUUAACCUCCUCCCCCAGCUCAAGGCCGCGAACCCGUCCUACAAGCUUGCCCUCCUCAAAAACGAAUUCGGCGACCUGGCCGUCGACUCCCAGCUGGCCUCCUCCAGCGCCAUCUCGGGCGUGCAAGAGCUUCUCAACGGCUGCAUCUGCUGCAACCUCGUCGGCCAGCUCAGCGUCGCCCUCGCCGAGUUGCACUCCACCGUCCGCCCGGACCGCAUCGUCAUCGAGACGAGCGGCUCCGCCUUCCCCGCGACGCUGGCCCUCGAGGUCAACCGCCUCGCGCGCGAGACGGGCAACUACACCCUCGACGGCGUCAUCAGCGUCAUUGACACGGAGAACUGGAAGGGAUACGAGGAUACGAGCUACACGGCGCGCAUCCAGGCAAAGUACACUGACUUGAUCGUCUUCAACAAGUGGGAGCUGUGCUCCGAAGACCGCUUCGACGAGGUCCUCGACCGGGUGGGCGAUCUCGAAGUGGAUAUCCCCUGGGUCAAGAGCAAAAAGGGCUGGGUCGGCGCUGACCUCGUGUUCGGCGUGGAUGGCGGUCUCGCGCAGGGCCUGAAGGAAGAGCAUACCACACACGAUCACGACCACGAGGGGGAGGACCACGCGCACGACCACCAGACAGAGGUAGAGGUACUCUCAAUCGAACUCAAGGGUCCCAAGGACGCCGCUGUCAACGCAGACAGCCUGCAGAAGCUUUUGCGCGCCGCGCCAAAAGACGAAGUGUAUCGCAUAAAGGCUGUCCUGACCGCUUCGUCAACGGUGAGGGACUCUGACGAGGAUUCUCAGAUCCCCACACCGCCGCACCCCAAAUCUCGGUACAUCCUCAACUGGGCCUUUGGUCGGUGGACUUUCACGCCCAUUGCAGAGGGCGGGGCCGAGCAUGCUUCCAGCGAGGGAGCUUUAUUGCGUAUGACUAUGAUUUUGGGACGGUAUGAGAGUGGCAAGUGGAAGAAGAAGCUCGAGACUGGAUCAUUCCUAGAGGUCGAGGGCGGUGAGGGCGAGUUGAUUGUUACAAAGAUCGCAUGA